AUGUCGCAGCUAACCAACCAGCAGCAGCAGCAGCAGCACUCUGCGUAUGCGGCACAGCCGACGACCGACCUCUCCCACUUCUCCGACUCGGAGCACGAACAGGACAGCGACGACCUGCCUCCUCUCUCCUCCGGACGAUACACCCCUGACAUCUUCUCGGGCGUCUAUCGCAGUUUCAAGAAGUUCCCCACGGGGAAACUUGGUCGCAAAACGUCGCGCCUCAAUCUCAAGAGCAGCAACGACGGCGGUAGAUCGGAUUCGCCUGCUGACGGCGAUCCCCGCGACACAUCUCCGCAACAUUCGCAGCUACAGCAUGCGAGACAUUUGAACCAACAGCGACAGAAACCGCUUCCCGAGCCACCCCGUGCAUCCAGUCCCGUUGCAAACGAACUCCCAAGCCACAUCGAACGCCUCCCCGAAUCGAGGCUCGAUUACCGACCAUUCAAUCGCGCCAUGGGGGACCACCAGCCGUCUCACCAGCAGCAGCUGGACAUGAGCAGCAGUGUGAGCAGUCUGGCGAGCUUCAGCAGUUCACGGACAGAUGGAGGUUCUGGAGAGGAGGAGACGCAACAGCAGGCCGGUGCCUCGAGGAGCAAUGCGGGCACGCCUGGCCCCUCACCACAGGGCGCCCAAAGGUCACAGCAGCCUUCGAGCGGCUCCAACAAUUCUGGGUCAGCGCACCUUUCUGGGCUGAUGUGCAAUGUGCAUCGGACCACCGGUCGCGAGCCUCGGCCCUUGGUGGGUGCUACGACAACGGUCCUGGGGGAUAAGCUGUACGUGUUUGGUGGUAGAAUCCUGUCCAGGAGUCGGCCUGCUCCCUUGACCUCGGACUUGUACGAGCUCGACCUCAUCCGCCGGCACUGGACGAAGCUCGAGACAUCGGGUGAUGUGCCACCUCCUCGAUAUUUCCACUCCAUGUGCGCUUUGGGUGAUACCAAGAUGGUGUGCUAUGGUGGCAUGUCACCCGUGCCAAAUCAGCCGCCGCUCACCGAUGCUUCGCAGCAAGCCGAAGUCACAGUCAUGUCGGACAUUUACGUGUACGACGUGAAUACGCGAAAAUGGACCUUUAUACCAACGCAGGAUCCUCCUCAAGGCCGCUACGCCCAUUGCGCUUGCAUCCUGCCGUCGUCCGCCACCUUCUCUUCCCAUCGCGCCCCCUUUUCGGCACUGCAGAACAACCCUUCUUCCAACAAUCCCAAUGAGGGCCGCAUUGGCGUAAACAUUGAUGGUUCAGGCGGCGCAGAGAUGAUUGUGGUGGGUGGCCAAGACGGGUCAAACCAUUACAUUGAACAGAUCAGCGUCUUCAAUCUCCGGAGUCUGAAAUGGACAUCAACACAGCCUCUUGGAAAGAGCUGCGGCGCCUAUAGGAGUGUCGCCACGCCUCUACCAGCCGCUGUCACUGCCAAAAUCGGCAAGGCAUACCAGAACGGAACACAGCGGGAGGCGGCCAGCCAAGAGGCUCGGGACGCCAGCUCGUCCAUGCUGAUCUAUUCCAACUACAACUUCCUGGACGUCAAGUUGGAACUGCAGAUCAGAACGGCCGACGGGGCCCUGCAUGAGAGGCCCAUGUCGGGCACGUAUUCCCCUCCCGGGCUCCGGUUCCCGAAUGGAGGCAUCAUUGACACGUACUUUGUCGUCAGCGGGACAUAUUUGACCUCCUCAAAACAGGAGUACGCACUAUGGGCACUGGAUCUGCGGACGUUGACGUGGAGCCGGAUUGACGCGGGCGGCAGCGUGUUCAGCCAAGGCAGCUGGAACCGUGGCGUCUUGUGGAACAGGAGAAAUACUUUUGUUAUCCUAGGGAACCGGAAGAGAAGUCUAGUGGACGAUUACAACCAUCGGCGCAUCAACUUCUCGAAUGUCUGUAUGGUGGAGCUGGAAGCGUUUGGAUUCUACGAUAACCCGAGAAAGUCAGCUCCCAUGUCUGGGUUCAUCUCCGCAAGCAGCCCCUAUUCCGGACCAGGUCUGAGCCUCACACGCAAAGCCGGCUACACGGCCGGAGGCAGGGCACACUCGCGGGCAAGUGAGGAACUGGGGGAGAAGGCUCUGGGACUGCGCGAGAUAUCAGACAUGGACAUCCUUUGCUUUGGAGGCGAGCGUAUCCCCAUCAACUCCAGGGUCGUCGCCCGUCGAUGGGGGCCUUACUUUGUGCAACUGUUGCGCGAGGGGACCGCAACGCAAGACGGCAGCGAUUCUAUCACGCUGCGCUCGGGACUGUCGAGCAACCCUCUCCGGGCAUCGGCCAUCACCAUCACCCCAAGCACGCGGUUGCCUGGCGAGUCCGUUGGCUCAACUAUCCAGUCGUCGGGGGCGUCUGUGUCUACAGCUGGCACCGGUAUUUCCGGAGCUACCACAGCUGCUGCAUCGCAAGAUGAUCUCAGCCCAGGGGCCAUCAACAGUGCCCCCACUCCGCGUUCUUUGGCGCCAAACUCCCGGCCUCGAUGCCUCUACAUGCCGCACUCCUACCUCACCAUCCAAGCCCUCCUUCACUUCCUCUACACAUCCUCGUUGCCCGCGCAGUCGUCACCAUUAUGCACACCUCAGAUUCUGUGCUCGCUCCUUCAGCUUGCCCGGCCGUACCGCAUCGACGGCCUUCUAGAAGCCGUUGUCGAGCGUCUGCACUCGCUCCUCGAUUCGCGCAAUGCGGCUGCUGUGUUCAAUGCCACGGCCAUGGCAGCAGGAGGCGGUCGCGGCAUCGACGGGUCGCUCAACCCCAACUUCUUCGUCGACCACCUCGACCCCACGAACGAUGCCAUGUCUACAUCGGACUUCAGCCUGAACCCUACCACCAACGGCUCCGACCUGGCCGCCCUGUCGAUCAACACCGAUGUCCGACCGGCCAGUGAUGAGAUGAGCAGCGCGACGUCAGCUUCGGGCUCAGAGUGGAGUGCCGGCGAGCUCAACGAGCGGUCGAACCCUCCCCCAGUGUGGGAGGGAGAGCUGAGCAGUGUCAUCGGCUUGCAGAAGCGUGGACUGCGGGGUUUGAUGGAGGGCAGGAGGAUGAGAGAGCGGACGGGCACUGGGACUGGUUCAGCACCGCCCGGCGCUACGAUGGCUUCGGCCCUACCAGGGCAGAGGGGGCUUGGGCUAGGAAUCGGGCCUUGA